AUGGACAGGCCUGAAUGCACGGGCCCGCAUUUUCAUUGGAUUUGCCAAUCAUCCUUCUUGAUGGGCAUAAGAUCAUGCUGUCUCCAUGCAUGGCAGGCUGGCAUGGGAGCAAUGCGUCAACCAGCCAGUCAGCGGGCCUUUUGUUACGGGGACUAUUUCGGUUUCCUAUUUGAGCGCCUCAACUGUGCUCUACAUGCGACUUCUUUGGCAGCGGUAACGACGGCGCUGUACCCUACAACCACCAACAUCGCUUCGUUACAAGCAAGGUUUUUGAAAAAGUCCAUGAGAAAAACAGUCAUGUCUAGCCUUUUGAUGGACAAUCGAAAGCUUCCCUGCAAAUAG